AUCUCUGUUCACAGCUAUUACUUGUGCUUGUUUCUGCCACUUGCUAGAGGUGCAGAGUUGAGGUACAAGUGAUGGGGAUGCUUGUCCUACAGUUUUUUCUUGUCACUGAAUGGCCAGAAUCUCAUCUCCUACAGUUGUUCUUCAUCCCAGUGUAAUGCAUCUUUCCAUCUCCCAUGCUUCUUCCUAAAGACCUGCUUGUCAACUUGGUUGUUUUUGGAAUGUAAACACCUGUUUAUGUUCUCUGAUUUGCAUGCCAAGGGAAAGGAUUUAACUGGUUUUUAUUAUAUGCAUUGUUGCAGGGCCCUGAGAUUCCAGGCUUUUUGUGCCUUUUUAUGUCUAAGUUUGUAAAAAUAUUCACAGAGCAGUGUUGUGGGAGCAGUGUCCAAGGCAUCCCACAUAAUACAUGACCUUUAGGCAGUCCUGCUCUGGUCUCCAUCCAAAAUGAUGUGUGCCACAAAGACAAAUUCUUCAACAGAGUGGAGCAGUGUGAGUAAUUGUGCAUUACUGUCUCUUGUCUGUUUGCAGAUCUCAGAGAACAGCUUCUGGCCAUUGAAGGAGAAUAAGCAAAGUUUCUGUCACUUGUGUGACAAACAAAUCCUAACAAGGUGUUUCCAAGCCUGGAGGAGACAUAUCCUUUGGAAGAGGGCAGCCAGGCAGCUUUACAGACAGCAGUUGCUUCAGAAGGGCUUUGGUGCUCUGCAGUGGACUGUGCACCAAAGGAGGACACAACUGGAGGUGGCCCAGCAGAGACAUGCUUCAACUCUGCUAGCUGCCAGCUUCCAGAGGUGGAAGGAAGCUGUGGCAAAACAGAAGAAGGAAGCUCUGCAGCCUGAGCCUUACUCCUAUACCCAAAGUUCAUCAGCAGGGAUAUUUGGAGUAGGAAGAUUAGCAACUAUGACAACCUCAGCUCAGCAUCAGCUUGCAACAGGAUACUCAAAGGAAGUGGAGCAGGCUUGUAGGAUGGAGGGAGAGAUGUGGACACAGCUUCGUCAUAGGCAGAGAGGAGAUGAGUUCUGCUGGAGAGCUGAAGCAAUCAGAGACAUGAGACGGCUGGCUGCAGCUUUCAGACUGUGGCGCCUGCAGAAGGAGCUGCUGAGCAAAGAGGAAGCCAGGCUUUUGGAAGCCCGUGCUCUGCUGGAAAAGAAGAAGCUACGAAACAUUUUCUGGAUGUGGCAUUCCCAAAGCUUGGAAAUGAAACAGAUUCUAACACUGACAACUCAAUUCCAAAGAAACUUGGUCUCCCGGUGCUUCAGUACAUGGAAGGAGGCUGUUGAGCAGAAGGCACUUGACAGGCACAACCUGGCCCAUCUCAGAGCAGUAUCACUGAGGAAGCACUUCCAGCAGUGGGUUAAAAUGCUGCAGGUCAGAGGAAAUGAUAAGCAGUUGGUGGUGAACCUCUUCCUCCUACGAUGGAGGCAGCAUUAUGGAGCAGUUAGAAGCUCAAUAGCUGACAAGACUGUGACAGGGAGGCAUGAAGGUCAGACAUCAUGGACUGGAGAGAGACAGUUUCUGGAGAAAACAGGCUGCUCUUUUGAUGACUUCUGCCAAAAACUGAAGCUGCAGAGAAUAUAUCUGCUGUGGAAAACAAGGCUGUGUGAGCAUCAAAGAGCUGAUUCUUUCUCUCAGACUUUGGAGCGGUGUAAACUCAGAAAAAUUCUGAAAUUAUGGCACCAAAAGUAUCUCUUGUUGAAGACAAUUGAGCAAAGUUCUAAGCAAUUGCACAGAGCUGUCUAUGAGGAACCUCUUGCCAUGCUGUUCUCUGAGGACCUCUCAACAUCAUCUGGCUUUUACAGCAGUGCAUCAGCUACUCUGACCUCUCAAAGCUCAUUGGAAAAGGAAUGCAGUCUUAGUGACAGCAGCCAGCACUGCUUCUCCUCCGUUCUGACUGCUGAGGAUGUCACACACAUGUCAUGUCACAGUUCUUUCCUGCAACUCCACCAGAGCACAGAGCUGCCGGCUGAGCUGGGUGGGGAGCUGUGCUUGCAGACCUCCUUCCCUGCACCUGGAAGAAAUUGCUUUGUGGGAAAUCCAUUCCAGUCUUUAGUGCUGCAGAGUCCAGAUAAUCAUUCCCAGCCUCUCACCAGUUACUCUGUAUGGGAAGAGGGCUGCAGUCCUGACAAGGAGGUGAAGAGUUGCUGGCAGCAAGCAGAGAAAUACUGCCUGCAGAGGUGCUUCAUUGUCUGGUCAGCUCAAACUCAACAUCAUGUAAAGGCCCAGCAGUUCUGCAGGCGCAUUCGGCUGUCUCGAGCCUUUCUCAGCUGGCACCACUGGGUCAUGGAAAAUAAGAACCAACAAGCAGCAGCAGCCCUAAGACAUGGAGUUCAUUGUUCCCAGAUGGCUUUCAGCCUGUGGAGAAGGAGACUGGCCCAGAAAGUGGAAGCUGACCGGAGAUUCAGGUGUCAUGUUCAGCAGAUGACUGCUGAUGCUCUGAGACAUUGGCAUUCCUGCUGGCAAAGGAAGUGUGCUCUGAGAGAUCUGCAGCAGCAAUGGGCUCGGCACAGCUGCCAGGAGAAGAAAAGGCUGGUUCUGCAGACAUGGUAUUACCAAACAAGGAAGCAGAAAUAUGCUGUUUUAUUCUGGGAAUAUCUUCUCCUGCACAGGUGCCUUGUCACAUGGGCCCAGGUCACUGCAUGCAGACUGAGGCAGCGUGAAGCCCUCUCUUACUUGAAAAGAGUCAGAGAGCACCGUCUCCUGGUUGUGAGCUUUACUAAGUGGAGGGACAAACUCUUGAGAGCUGAACAACAAGUGCCAGGAGGGAGAAACCACAAGUGGCAGGAGCCCUCUCCAGGUAAAGCCUGGCACCGCUGGCGAGUGGCUGCAAGAGGACAGCAAGCCCUGCGCCUGGGAUCCGCAGCUACUGUCAAACAAGCCUGCAACUACUGGACCAGAGCAGCUGCCUUUUCCCAGUGCUUAAGGCAGCACAGUACCCUCAUAGGUGUCAGGAAAAGCAGGAAGAUGUCUCUCUCUUGCUCCAUGAAAAGCAGAAAAUGCAGAGAAGAUUCAGCACCAACUAGACUUUUUCCCAGUGCCAUUCAGUGCUGGCUGGUGAUCUACAGGAGCCAAAAUAGGGCUGAAAGGCUGCUGGAGAGACCUGGUGUAGCAGGACCCUCUCAUGCAAGGAUCCAGGAGGACACAGCAGAGGUGGAAUUGGAGGAGUGGGCUAAGAAGUGGCUUGGGAGGAAAUACCUGAGGUGGUGGCAUCACACAGUGGUGCUGCGCCAGUGCCAGCAUGACAGGAAACUGCUCUGUCUGGCAAGGGGAUGGCAUCAGUGGAGGGAAGCCAGCAGGGUGCUGAAACUGGCUCAGGUGUUGAACCAGCAGCGGCUGAUAGAAAAGGCCUGGAGGGUGUGGAGACAAAGAUAUUUGCAAAGCUGUGUGGUGCAGAAUCUUUUAAAGGAGGAAGCCAGGAGCCUCCUGUCUCAGGCCUUUGGAAGGUGGUGGCAGCUCACAGCAUUCCGGCGCAAGGACAAAGGAUCCUGCUGAAUGGAGGGGCCUGCCUGCAGCUGCUGCUCAUUUCAGGACACGUGCAGGAUGUGGUGCCUGUCACAACAAAGAGCUGGUCCUGUGCCAUCAACAAAGAGAACACUCUGCUCUUACAAUAAAAGCAGUGCUGCUGGCCAGAGGGAUGAGAGCCAAAGAACAACCAGGAAGAGAUGGUACCUAGUGAAAAGUCCUCUUUAAAGGACUUGAUUUCCUCCUUAGCAGCACAAAUGGAGAAGUUACUUACAGUUGUGAGGUUGAAUUCUCUCAUCUCUGGACCCUGCAUUUGCUGGAGUUCUGAUUAAAGGUCAAAAAAAACCUUAUAGGCUUUCCUUUUUACUUAGUGUUUUUUCCUUGGACAGGAGCUUGGUGUGAAGGGGGAAGUAUGCAAAUACAGUCUAAGAGAUGGGCAGGAGUUUGUGGGUGCUGGAUCCCAUUGAUCCCAAAGUCUGGACUGGGUAGGUGCAAACACAGGUCUUUAUUUUCAGAUUUAGCUUUUACCCGAGGGGGGGUGGGAGGUGGCAGAUUUCCACAUGGCUCCCACCUCCUCCCCCUGUCUAGGUCCAUCAGCUCUUCAUUAAGCCUUUCAGUGGGUGGCCAACCUCCUGACUGCUUCCUGCUGGUUCAUUUUUGUGCUGAAUGGGCAAGGUAUGAAGAAACCUGCUGGGAACAGCUGAGCACCAAAAGCUUUGUUGAGGCGAGACAGGCGUGUCUGAUCCCCAGCCUUCCCAUUACUUGCCUCUAUGAUUGAUGCCUUGUAAUUACCCUGGAUAUAUGAGCCUGGUCUCAGACAGCUGUAACAAGAGGGUCUGAAGAAUCUGGAAAAGGCUUUUCUUCCUUGCUUGUUUGAAAGAGAUGCUCACAGCAUGGUGGGGAUCUUGAAAUCCCACUGGGAACUGCUCCCAGGUCGUUUUCCUAGCCUGUGGCAGCUUUGCAAGAUUGUUAA